AUGGAGAGAGAAGAGGAAUAUGAGCACAUUCAUUUAGCAGAGAUGAAAGACAUUAAAAUUUAAAUAAGAAAGAAUAGAGACAAUUAUAUGGGUGAAAAGGUCUUUAAGCGCUUAGCAGAUCCUUAAGCUUAUAAAAAUGAUACCAAGUGUCAUGUAUGCACAAAAAAGCUAAAAGAUGAUUAAAAUAAGCACUGCAAGUUUUGUGGUAAAAAUGUAUGUGAAGAGUGCUCACCAAAAAAGAGAGCAAACCCCUAAAGAUAAGACUAAUUUGUUCGUAUCUGCGAUAGAUGUGAUAUGCUAUACUUGAGAAUUCUUCUAGUGGGGGAUUAAAAUAGUUAAUAAAAGUUAGUUAAAAAAUAAAUUCAAGAUGAAGAGGAAGAACUCUAGAAGUAGAAAAAGUAGUUACUUGAAAAAUAAACAGAAUUAUCUAAAGUUUAAAAAGAGUACACUAUAAACAAGAGAGACUUGGAUGAAAAAAUAGAUGAUUUAUAAGUAAAAAUAGAUAGGAAUUAAGAAAAAAUAGAUAAGUAUCUAAAUUAAGUAAAUAACAUAAAUGGAGAUAGGAGAGAACUUUUUUAGAAAAUAAAAGAAUUAGAAGAAAAAUAGACAGAAUAUCUUGAUAAAAUUAAUGCUCAAUUAUUUGAAAAAAGCGAGCUUACAAAACAAGAAAGACUAUUAGAUAGCUAAUAAGAGAAAUUAACAGACUACCUAGCACAGCAAAAUUCGAAAAUAACAAAUAAAAAUUUGAAAAAGAAAAAUUUAGAUUCUGUUUUACUGAGAGGUAAAAAUGAUUCAUAAUUCAGAGAGAGCGAUUAUAAUGUAUUCUAAGAAACUCCAAACACUCCUAUCGAUCAAUAUAUAAACUUUUAAAAUAUAAAGCGUUCUAGCACUAGUAUGGAAAUUUAAAAAACAAAUAAAACAGGUAAAUAUAAUAAAUGA